CGUUUCAAAUUUCAAAUAAAGACCGCAGGUGUUUGUUAUGGGAAGCCGUCUCUAUCCCCCACGUGACCCACACCUUCCAGACUAAACUAUGAUUCACAUAUUCUCCCUUGCCCCCUAAAUGAACCGUUAUUUGUGUUUACCGACACAUUUUCAAUGUCUAUUCUUUAUAUAUUCACAACAGUUAUUCAUGUAGACCACUAGUCUGAGACAUUGUUUCCAGCUUUAAAAAGUGUUAAAUAAAAAUUGCUGAUGAUUAAUGAUUUAUAUGUUAAUUUAAGAGCAGUUUUAACAGACCGGUCGAAUUUGGGGGAAACAAUUGAAAUAAUAAUAGUAAACAAAACAAUAAAAGAAAGUUGCUGAAGAAUAAACAAUUUCAAAGAAGGGGCUUUAUUGGCAUAUACUGAAUACAAUACAGUGUUGCCAAAGCAUGUUAAGACCACAAUAUAAUCAAUUAAAGUACAAACAAGUAUGCACCUGUACUCUCACUCGCUCGCUCAAGCGCACGUGACAGCGCAAAGUGAAAGUAACUUCAUCUGAGCGGGAGAACAAUGGCUGACGGCCCGGACUUGUUCGAGUGCUCCAUCUGUUUGCAGUUACUGAAUGACCCCGUGACGACGGCCUGUGGACACAGCUACUGUCUGCGGUGCAUCAAUGCCUUCUGGGACGAGCGCAAUACCAGCAGAGAGGAUUACAGCUGCCCCCAGUGCAGGCAGACAUACACAUCGAGGCCUGUCCUGAAGAGGAGCAUACUGGUGGCUACCCUGCUCGAGGAGCACGAGCGGACAGCGAGUCACAACGCUGACGCCGCUGCCGCUGCCGCGCCCGGCGAUGUGCAAUGUGACGCCUGCACGGGGACGAAAAGAAGAGCGUGGAUGUUCUGCCUCGAGUGUUUGGCCUCUUACUGCGAGACUCAUCUGAAGCCUCACUUUGAGGUGGCCACGUUGCGCUCACACAGUCUGAUCCAAGCCUCCGCGAGGGCCAAGGACAGCCUGUGCGGCCGCCACGGCAAACUUCUGGAGAUCUACUGCCGCUCCGAUCAGCAGUUCGCGUGCGUGAUGUGCGUGAUCGAGGAGCACAAUUCCCACGACACGGUGACACUGACGGCAGAACGGUGUGAAACGCAGGCACAACUGGAGCGAGAUAAACGGGAAGUAGCAGACCGAGUGCUGCACUGCGAGAGGAAAAUGAGAGAGCUGAGGCAGGCGGCAGACUCUAUCAGAGAUGCCAAAUGGGCGGUGUGUGAUGACUUUGAGCGACUGUGUGUGGAGCGCAUCCGUAUAUUCGUCCGCUCUGCGGAGAGGAAGAUCUCUGAGAUGAGAGAGAAGUUUGGAGAGGCAGAGAAAGCCGGAGUGGACUGGACCAACGGUCACCUCGGCCAACUGGAGCGUGAAGUGUUGGAGCUGAGGAGGAGAGAGGACGUUCUCGACCAGCUCUCACUGAUAGAGGACCCCAUUCAGUUUCUGAAGGGUUUCCAUGCUCUGGGUGGCCACCCUGUGUUCACACACUGGCAUGAAGGACUUGACACGCUGACCGAGUUUACCUCCACACAAACGGAUAAACUGAUAAAUAUCUGCAGCAAAGAGAAAAAAGAGUUACUCAGUCACUCUAAUGAACAUCUGCUGUCAAAAGUGCCAAAGUUGCCACAGACAAACGCAACCUCCAGGACGGACCUUUUGUUGACGUGUAGCAAAGCCACCGUGGAGCUGGAUCCCAACACGGCGGCCGCAUGUCUUUGCCUGUCCGACGGAAACCGAGCGAUCUCGUGGAGCGACGGGGACCAGGCUCACCCGGAUCACACCGACAGAUUCUCCUUCUACCACCAGGCGCUGUGCCAAGGGGGCCUCGAGGGCAGCCACUACUGGGAGGUGGAGUGGGAUGGUGGCGCUGUCGACCUGGCCGUGUCGUACAAAGGCAUUCAGCGAAAGGGUUCGGGCGGAGGUGCCUGUUUUGGCCACAACGAGCUCUCCUGGAAAUUAACCUGCUCCUCGUCCGGCUGCAUAUUUUGGCACAAUAAUCUCCACAAAGGCCGGAUGCCUCCGGUUCUCUCUCGCAGAGUGGGCGUGCACCUCGACCACGCAGCAGGGCGGCUGGGCUUCUACAGCGUUUCCGGCUCUGACACUUUGACACUGCUGCACCGAAUCCAGACCACCUUCACGGAACCGCUCUUUCCUGGGUUCUCUGUUGAUUUGGGUUCAAUGCUGAAAAUAUGCAAAAUCUAAGCCAGUUUAUAUUUCAACUUGGUAACCACGGGAACCUUGUUCAAUUGUUUAUCUAUCUGAUCAAAGAUCCCACUGUUUUAUAUGAGGUAGUUAAACAGACUUGAUUGUUUCGUUGUAAGACGACUUAAAGAUAAACCAUAUUUCUUCAUUCACUGUUCUUUUUGCUCUAAAAUGGAAUAAUGCUCCCUCGAGCCUAAAUUGAUCAAGUCAGAGCACGUUAACUUGUGACCUGAUUUAUGGUAUGGAAAUAUGUUGGCACAUAGAAUGUGUUGUAUGUUGGAGGACCACAAUGGAAAUAAGCCAUUUCAGGUUUGCUGUUUUAAUUCUUGAUGCUUAUUCUGUAUUUUUACUUGUCAAACAAAGCAACCUAGUAAUUCAAGCAGGAUAUAUUUUCUCUAAUGUAACCGACUCAAAUAAAAGGCCAUGCCAAUGA